AUGCCCUUGGGGCUCUGGCACUUUCUAAGCGGCAAUGCGCGGGAGCUGCUGGCCAAGCUGGAGGAGCAAAACCGGCUACUGGAGGCUGACUCCAAGUCGAUGCGCUCCAUGAACGGCUCGCGAAGGAACAGCGGCUCCUCCUUGGUCUCCAGCUCCUCGGCCUCCUCCAACCUCAGCCACCUCGAAGAGGACACCUGGAUCCUCUGGGGCCGCAUCGUCAACGAGUGGGAUGAGUGGCGGAAGAAGAAGGAGAAGCUGCUAAAGGAACUCAUCCGCAAAGGGAUCCCCCACCACUUCCGUGCCAUCGUCUGGCAGCUGCUCUGCAGUGCCACUGACAUGCCCGUCAAAAACCAAUACUCAGAGCUGCUGAAGAUGUCCUCUCCCUGCGAGAAGCUCAUCCGACGGGAUAUCGCCCGCACCUACCCGGAGCAUGAGUUCUUCAAGGGACAGGACAGUCUGGGCCAGGAGGUGCUCUUCAACGUCAUGAAGGCCUAUUCGCUGGUGGACCGGGAGGUCGGAUACUGCCAGGGUAGCGCCUUCAUCGUGGGCCUGCUGCUCAUGCAGAUGCCCGAGGAAGAGGCUUUCUGCGUCUUCGUGAGGCUGAUGCAGGAAUACCGCUUACGGGAACUCUUCAAACCCAGCAUGGCCGAGCUGGGGCUCUGCAUCUACCAGUUUGAGUACAUGCUGCAGGAGCAGCUUCCGGAGCUGAACAUCCACUUCCGCUCGCAGAGCUUCCUCACUUCCAUGUACGCCUCGUCCUGGUUCCUCACCCUCUUCCUCACCACCUUCCCUCUUCCCGUGGCCACGCGUGUCUUCGACAUCUUCAUGUACGAGGGGCUGGAGAUCGUCUUCCGUGUGGGAAUGGCACUGCUGCAGUUCAACCAGGCUGAGCUCGUCCAGCUCGACAUGGAGGGCAUGUCCCAGUACUUCCAGAAGGUGAUCCCACACCAGUUCGACAGCUGCCCCGAUAAGCUCAUCCUCAGGGCCUUCCAAGUCAAGUACAACCCCAAGAAGAUGAAGAGGCUGGAGAAGGAGUACGCCACCAUCAAGAACAAAGAGAUGGAGGAGCAGAUUGAGAUCAAGCGCCUCCGCACCGAGAACCGCCUGCUCAAACAGCGCAUCGAAACCCUGGAGAAGGGCCAGGUGACACGGGCGCAGGAGGCGGAGGAGAACUACGUCAUCAAGCGGGAGCUCGCGGUGGUGAAGCAACGCUGCACCUCGGCCACUGAGAACCUGCAGCGCGCCCAGACCACCAUCCGGCAGCUGCAGGACCAGCAGGGGAACCCCCGCUUCAGCGAGGAGUUUGUCACCCACCUGGAGACGGAGCUGGAGCAGUCGCGGCUGCGGGAGAGCGAGACCCUGGGUGCCCUCAAGGAGAUGCAGGACAAAGUCCUCGACAUGGAGAAGGCGUUCAAGUCGCUGACGGAGCUGCAGCAGCAGGUCAAGGACCUCAGUGACAGCUGGCAG